CAUCAUCUCAACCCUUUAAAAGCCAUCGUCUUCUCCACUCGCCCUUCUCUCACCAAACGGCGCACACACCCUCACAACUCCUUGGAGCUCAGAAGCCAAAACCCUAAGGCCGCCGCCGCAGCAGCAACCAUGUCUCUCGUAGCGAAUGAGGAGUUCCAGCACAUUCUUCGUGUCAUGAACACCAACGUCGAUGGGAAGCAGAAGAUUAUGUUCGCCCUGACCUCCAUCAAGGGUAUCGGUCGCCGUUUGGCUAACAUCGCCUGCAAGAAGGCCGACGUCGACAUGAACAAGAGGGCUGGAGAACUAUCUGCUCAGGAGAUUGAGAACCUGAUGCACAUUGUGCAGAAUCCCCGCCAGUUCAAGAUCCCCGACUGGUUUCUCAACAGGAAGAAGGACUACAAGGAUGGUAAAUACUCCCAGGUGGUUGCCAAUGCCUUGGACAUGAAGCUCAGGGAUGACCUCGAGAGGCUCAAGAAGAUCAGGAAUCACCGUGGUCUUCGUCACUACUGGGGCCUUCGUGUCCGUGGACAGCACACCAAGACCACUGGUCGCAGGGGUAAGACUGUUGGUGUGUCCAAGAAGCGAUGAAGAACAUUUUCUGGCUGUCUGGGAGGGUUUCAUGUUUUACAUUUUGUGUUACUCCUAAAAUACCUUCUAGUUUAGCAUCUUUGGUCAACUUAAGUUUUGGUGGAUUAAUGCAGAAUAUCUUGUUAUCUUAUGUAUUCCAUGACUGUUUGGUACUUUGAGGUUGAGGAUAAUAGUAUGGUAUGCAAUGGAAGUUGUUAAUUUUAUUA